GGAACAGAUGCUUGGAAUGGUAUUGGGAUCCAAUUACUGCACUUUUCCAACCUUACAUCUAUUGUCUAAACUUGGAGCAGGCAUAUUUUUAUUCCUUGGUGACACUAUAUAAAGAGACAAUUGGCAUUGUGUUUGUUGGCUGACAGGUUGGCAGAGGAGGGGUGGAAGGAGCAGCAGCACCAUGGCUCCCAAAAAGGCAAAGAAGAAGAUAGAAGGUGGUUCCAAUGUUUUCUCUAUGUUUGAACAAACCCAGAUCCAGGAGUUCAAAGAGGCUUUCACCAUCAUGGAUCAGAACAGGGAUGGCUUUAUUGACAAAGCAGACUUGAGAGACACAUUUGCUGCACUAGGUCGUCUGAAUGUCAAGAAUGAAGAGCUUGAAGACAUGGUGAAGGAGGCGCCAGGUCCUAUUAACUUCACUGUCUUCCUUACUAUGUUUGGGGAAAAGCUGAAAGGCACGGAUCCAGAAGAAACCAUUCUGAAUGCUUUUAAGAUUUUCGACCCAGAAGGAAAAGGCCGCAUAAAGGCAGACUACAUCAAAGAAAUGCUCAUGACACAGGCAGACCGGUUCAGUCAAGAAGAGAUCAACCAGAUGUUUGCUGCUUUCCCUCCAGAUGUCUCUGGAAACCUUGAUUAUAAGAACCUCUGCUAUGUUAUCACCCAUGGUGAGGAGAAAGACUGAGAGCAAAGAGAGGAGCUUCUCCUGAGGUGAUGCACCCACUUAUUUCAUGAUGUUCGCAUGUACAAUCAUCCAGGAUGUGAAACCACAUGGUCAUUGAAGAGAACCAAUAAAAUAACUGAAAAUAGAUUAAAGUUAUUUAAUGCUCCUGUUUUUAUAAAAUAUCAAAAUACCAA